CACAUAGGUUAGAUUCUUGACGAUAAUAAGGUUCCAGCUCAGUCUCAGUUGAGAUGGACUCGUCUAUGUACCUGUAUGAUGUUCCCCCAGUUUUGAUGGAGAAGUUUUGUAAGAUAAUCGACAGCGGUGAUGACAGCCUCGGAUGGCGCGGGCUCGCGGCGCGUAUCGUGCCAAGUUGGGCGGAGGUGCGACGCACCGAGAGGCUGGAUGCAAUAGGCAAGAGCCCCACGCGAGAACUCAUCUGGUCGUGGGCCCAACAGAACAAAACUGUUGGGGACCUUGUGAAGGUGUUGGAGGAUAUGGGUCACACCAGAGCUCUACAGCUCUUUAUUCCUCAAGAAACACAGCAUUCCUUCCUCAACAGUGGACCAUCAAAGAGCAGCAGGGAUAAUCCCUCCCCUCCUCAGUUACCCACGUCACCCCCACCUGCCAGCGAGUCGACCCGACCUGGUUGGAACCAGUCUAAUUAUCACGUGUCAAGUGAAGAUAGAAACCACAGGCUUGUGAUCACCUACUCAGACGUCAUAGAGGGAACUAGACAUUUUCACCAGGACAUGAAGAUCUCUGAGGGCAGCUUCUCUGCUGUCUACAGAGCGGUGAAGGGAAAUGACACCUUCGCUGUCAAGCUCUUCAAGCAGGUGCAGAAAGCCUCAUGGAGGAAGUUGUGGGAUCUGUUCAGGAAAGAGAUGGAAGUUCAUCAUCUCUACCAGCAUCCUAACAUCUUAGAGCUGUUGGGUUGUUACUCUGAUGGGGAUCGUUACUGGCUGGUAUACCCUUACCUUCCCAAUGGAUCACUGUUCCACAGACUGCAUGACCAGAACACAGUGCCUCCCCUCUCAUGGCAGGAGCGUCUGGACAUCAUCAAGGGGACGGCUAAGGCUGUACAUCACCUACACAUGGCUCAGCCCUGCACUGUGGUCUGUGGUAACAUCACAAGUUCUAACAUACUGCUGGACGAGCGGCUGCAGCCCAAGCUGUCUGAUUUUGGGACGGCCCGUCUCAGACCCCACUCCGUCAGUCAGAGCUGCACCGUUACCUUGGAUACGACCUUCGGAACCCUGGGCUACCUGCCGGAGGAAUACAUACGAGACGGAAAGCUGUCCGUCAGUCUGGACGUGUUCAGCUUGGGAGUGGUUAUAAUGGAAAUGAUAACGGGACGGAAAGCUAGAGAGGAGACUCCUAAACACACCCUGCUGAGAAACGUCCUACGUGGAGAGGUGGAGGACACUGGCAGUGUAGACUCCUGUCUUCAGUAUCUGGACCCGAGAGCUGGUCUUUGUCCCCACUCUAUGUCCUUCACCUUGUUGCGUCUAGCCCUGGACUGCACCUCUACACGACCACGCAACAGACCCACCAUGGAGAAUGUGUUACAGGUAUUGAGCCAGCUGCUUCCCCUGCCGUGCCCACCUGAAGACCAGCCCCACACGCUGACCGACGAGGCCCCAGCUCCCCCUGCCUCUCCUGCCCAGACGGGACAGGGCCCCAGCUCCAACCCCAGCCCCAGUGUGCCUGUGGAGGAUGAUGAGCUGCACAGUUACCCCGUUGAGAACCCACAGCCAGCUCCAGCCCAGGGAGGACCCUGUGAGUGUAGCCAGUCAGAGGUCACCUAUCUGGGCAGUGGGGAGCGGAGCAGCCACCUGUCACGGGAGGAGGCAGGGGAAAGAGCAGGGCUAGGAGCUGAUGAGGCUGACCAGAGCCUACAGACCAAUGGAGAGCCAGUGGAUCUUUACGGUAGCUGGCCAGUCCAAUGUAGCUGUUCAGCUGAGGUGAAUGGGCUGGGCUGUGAGGACUGUAGAGCCAAUGGGUUUACUCCCUGCCCCUCAGACCUCCCUCAAGGAGACCUCAGCUUCUCUUCCCUCAGUAUAGUGGACAACCCUGCCAAGCAGAGAAUGAUGAAUAAGAUUGAUCUGUACAACAGAGGCCACCUCAGAACAGAGGAACUCCUCUCUGUCUCCAUGACCACCCAGGAGUGACAAAGCUACAGAGGAACUCCUCUCUGUCUCCAUGACCACCCAGGAGUGACAAAGCUACAGAGGAACUCCUCUCUGUCUCCAUGACCACCCAGGAGUGACAAAGCUACAGAGGAACUCCUCUCUGUCUCCAUGACCACCCAGGAGUGACAAAGCUACAGAGGAACAACUCUCUGUCUCCAUGACCACCCAGGAGUGACAAAGCUGAUCUAGGAUCUGCUUGCCCUCCCCGGAUCCUAAUCUUAACCAUUAGAGGUUAAAAACACAAAGCAGACCCCAGACCAGCAUCUAGGGCAACUUCACUACUCUAAAUGACACAUGCAUACAGUACAUGGCCUGCUGAGAGAGAGAGGGUUAACUUAUCCAUAUAUCUGACUUAGUCAUUGCUGGCCUUGGUUAAAUGACCUGGCUCUGGUUAAAUGACCUGGCUCUGGUUAAAUAACCUGGUCCAGGUUAAAUGACCUGGUCCUGGUUAAAUGACCUGGUCCUGGUUAAAUGACCUGGCUCUGGUUAAAUAACCUGGUCCAGGUUAAAUGACCUGGCCCUGGUUAAAUGACCUGGCCCUGGUUAAAUGACCUGGCUCUGGUUAAAUGACCUGGCUCUGGUUAAAUGACCUGGCCCUGGUCCUGGUUAAAUGACCUGGCUCUGGUUAAAUGAUCUGGCCCUGGUUAAAUGAUCUGGCCCUGGUUAAAUGAUCUGGCCCUGGUUAAAUGAUCUGGCCCUGGUUAAAUGACCUGGCCCUGAUUAAAUGACCUGGCCCUGGAUAAAUGAUCUGGCAAAUAAGAACAAAUUCUUAUUUUCAAUGACGGCCUAGGAACAGUGGGUUAACUGCCUGUUCAGGGGGCAGAACGACAGAUUUGUACCUUGUCAGCUCGGGGGUUUGAACUUGUAACCUUCCGAUUACUAGUCCAAUGCUCUAACCACAAGGCUACCCUGCCAUACUAUAUAUAUAUAUAUAUACUAAUAUAAAAUAUAUUAUUGUAGAAAGGUAUUUAUUAUCUGCUGACAGAUUCCAGUUUAUAUUUCUUAUUUAUAAAAUUAGGAUAUGAUUUAUACAGUACUUCUAUAAUAAAAACAUUUUAUAAAGAUCAUUUAAAAUGAUGGGUUCAUACAAAAAUGUUAGCGUGUAGAAACAGUGGGAAAAUAAACCAAAGCAUGAAGUGCUGUCAUACCUUGUCCAUAGGCCGCUGACAGGGUAAGGAAACCAAUGUGUCAUUUUGUCAUUUGGGUCAACUAUCCCUUUACUUAUGUUUUGUAAGAUGACUUUACAUUUUUUCAUGCCUUUUAUUAAUAAAAUAAGAUUGACAAUG